UUGACGUAUACAAACUGUUUGGUCGUGGGUGAGUGUGUUCGUUUUUUGCCACGAUGGCUUCUGCAACCGCAGCACCGGGUGAAAAAUCGGAUUCUCCCCAAAUACCCGAUAUAACGAAACCGUUUCCGCAAUCGAAAACCUUAAAAUCGAAUCAAUUGGGGGAAAUUGCGAUAGAAGCCUCGCAAAUAGUCAGUAGACUUGAGCAAGUUGCCGAAGGGAUUAACCCAACAGAAGGACCUUUUAAUCAACCCACUGUAUUCCUAGGUUUAGAACAGAAACAUUCUGACGAAAUCAUUCAAAUUAUUCAAGGUGUUAUUUGUAACGACGAUGAAGAAGAACCCAUUAGUGUAUCGCCCAUCGAUGACAUCACAAGAUUAGUUAUUACUUCGCAUAGUUUAGCUGCUUAUUGCGUCAGUUUGGAUAGAAACAUCUUAAGAAAACUCAACACUCGGUUUACAACAGAUUUAACGAGAUGGAUUACAUCAUUGUUUGGUUUUAUUGAUGCUGCAGCUUAUUAUCAUGAUGAUCACCUUGAAGGUCUUGUUAGAGUCACUAGGAUGAUGCUUCAUUACAAAUUCCCUCGAUUUCUUGAAGAUGGAGCUUUAGCGUAUACUUCAGCACUUCCCAUGAUUUAUAGCAGCGUUGCAAGUCCGUUGGGAGUCGUCCAGCAUCUUUGUAGGACCUUAGGAUUACCAUUAGCUUGUGUUCGGCCAGUUCCUGUUAAUACACACUUUGGUUCUCAAUAUACAAUGGAUGUUUCUGCUCUUCAACGAUUGAUUGCUGAGGAUAUUACAGCUGGGCGAACUCCUUUAAUUGUAAUAGCAGACGUUGGGACUUUCAUUACUGGUCAUGUUGAUAAUAUACUUCGUAUUCAAACGCUAUGUAAGACGAACGAUGUUUGGUUGCAUCUUCGAGGGCAUGGUUUGGCAGCUUUAGCUUUACAAUCGCAUCAACUUAACGGACAUGUUCCCCCAAUUACUGAUAGUUUUACAUUGUCCCUGGGAAGUUGGUUAGGAAAUCCUGGGCUUCCAGCAAUUACAUUAUAUAGGCAAUGGGACCCUGCAAGUCCCACUCAAAUGAAAAACCGACAAGUUGGGUCACGAGAAAGUACUUUACCUUUAAUAGCAGGGUUAAAAAAUGAUCAUCACGGUUUACGAAUCGUCACUUUACCGCUUUGGACUGCUUUACAAGCUUUAGGCACUGAAGGGAUACAUUCGAGGAUUCGAGACGGAUUUUUAGCCACCGAACGACUUUGGAGUGCUAUUGAUGUUUAUAGACACGUUAGAGUUUUAAGUCAAAAACCUGGUGGGGAAUCAGGAACUUACACAGUAUCGGAAGUAAUAUCAAAGCCCGUUAAUAUCCCGAUGUUAUUCGAGACUACGACUUGUUGUGUAACGUUCCAAUUCACUCCAGAAAUCGAGGAAGGUGAACAUCUGGGUAAAGUCCCAUCUUAUUACGACAAAUUAAAUUCUUGGUUGGGUCAAAUACUUCAAUUAGACGCCCCGCAAGUACCGUUAGAUAUUUGUGAGUUAGAAAAUGUUGGUGUUGUUCUUCGAUUUUGUCCGUUGGAGCUCUCAAAUUCUGAAUUACCCACGUUAGAAUCGAUUCAGUCUUUCGUGCAAUGUUUAGAGCAGCAAUUAAUUAUUUUACGGGCUACGGUUCAACAUAAAGAAACGUUUGUUAAAUUAGUCGAAGCUUCCCCUGUGUUAAAAUUGGUUGAAUUACCCGAAUGGGCUGGAUUAGGCGGGGUUCGCUACGCCCCUGAAGGUUGGGAACAAUUAUUAACCGAUCAAGUUAAAGAAGAAUUAAACAAUUUAAAUAUGGCCCUCGUCGAUACAUUACGAUCGACGGAUUCGGCGUUUUCUUUGGGAGAAGGAGCCGAUGGGUUAAUGUGCGUUCGAUUUGGAAUGUUAACGCCGCAAUCUGACGUUGAAGAGCUACUUAAUUUGGUGAUAAAAGUGGGUCAAUCUGUUGAAGAGAACUCGCGAGUUUUAGAUUCAAUGGCGGAAAUCGUCCGAAAAGGUAUCGAAACGGCCACUUUAGACCUUCAAAAAGAAAACGAAGAGCGUUUAUGGCAAGAAGGUAUUUUAAGGCACGUUCCCGUCGUUGGAACGUUUGUAAAUUGGUGGUCCCCGAAAUCGAGGGAAUCCGGCGUUCGGGGAAGAAGUUUAAAUUUAACGCAAGGUGUUGUUGAAUCAACCGAAAAUAUUUAUAAAUAUCAUAUGCAGGUUCAAACUGGUACAGUUCCUUCGGGUAGUAAAGGUCCCCCAACGCCACAAGUUCAAAAACCAGUUGGUGGGAAUCAUUCAAGAUCGAGUAGUCAUGCUUCGGCCUCUUCUAGCCAUGGAAAAGAAAAAGAUGAAAAGGUUAAAAUCGAAGAAAGUGAAAAUAACGGGGUUCAAAGAGUUCUUACGACGAAACUUCAAGCUGAUGGAACAGUAUUAACACGAUAGGAGGAAUUAGGAGGAUGAAAAAAAGUUUUCUUUCUAAUUAAUUAAGUUUUAGAGAGUUAAAAUGAUUCCAGACUCAAUUAAGUUUAUUAAAAAUAUAUUUUUGCUUUCUAUCCUUUAUUUUUUUUAACAAGUUUUAAAGUAUUAUCAUUAAUUUGAUUGUUAUUACAUUUAUGGUGUUUUUUAUUGUAUGAGUUGUUCCUUAAUUAUGUGUUAUUCUAAGAGGUGACGCACAUUAUUUUAAUUUUUGUUUGUUUUAAUAAGAUUUAAUAUCUUUAUUAUAAAAUAAAAGAGCUAAUUUAAUCAUAUCUUUUAUUAAAUUAUAUUUUAAAUGUGCUGUGCAUAAUAUAUAAUGUUCUACUUUUGGAUAAUCUUCACAAAGUUGUUUUUUUUGUUGUACCAAAGAAAUAAAGAAAAAAAUUGAAACAAUAAUUAAA